AUGGAAUUUCCCGGAGGAUCCAUCACCAACAUACGCGUCAUUGAUGGGUUCUCCAACGUCUACUGGAGGAUAUAUACAGAAGAUACUAGCAGCACUAAUCCUGCUAGCGAUGGCCCAAACAACGGCCAUACAGUCUUGAAACAUAUUAGCCGCCUCAAGGAGCUCGAGCUUCGGCUAAGAAGUCAAGGUAGCUUGGUCCUGAGUUACCCGAGACGCCUUGGUCUUCUGAUAUUCUCUGCCACUCCGGACUUUGAACAUCUUUCACCAACAGUUUUGAGUGAGGGAGGAGAUGAGCCAAAUCGGCUUCUUGUUGGUUCUACCAUUCUAAAAGUUUGGACCUCCGGGAGUGUCUCUUCCGGAGAUCUGGCAAAGAGUCAUCGGUCUGAUUUCCAGACCGCAAACGCCAAUUCUCCCGCGCCCUCCCAAAGGCCGCAAGGUAGUUCUGUGCAACCUAGGCGGGUGGAUAACUCUGGUGGAUCAGCGGCCAUUUACGCCUCGUUUAUUUCAGCUGUCACCGCGGCAUUUAGCCUUCAAAUAGUUCGACAGAACAAUGCUAUACCCCUCGGGCCACGAACCGUCUUUAACACUGUCGAAAGCGAUCUCAAUGAGGGUCAGGGGGCCGUCAACGAUGGCCCCACUUCUGUUCCAGCCCUGACCACCCUCCAAGUCCAACUGACAUCGGUGGGGAAGUUAACCGUUGCUUUUCAGACUGUAGUACAGACCGGUUUGACGCGGCUCAAUCAACCAGGAGAAAACGGCCUGGAGGAUGCACCUGGAACCGAUCUUUGGUUAGCCCCUACUGGUUCGAUCGCAAGGCUGGCAGCGGCUCAUCCAGAGGUCAGCAACAACAACAACAAGCUUUCGUUUUCUGCUUCAGAAAACGCUGGACAGUGGAAGCGGAAUGUUUUGGAAUGGCUGGGAUACUUUGGCCUGCCAAUCGACGUUGUGCCUGGAGAAGGCUGGGUUGAGGUUGAGGUCUGGGAACCAUUUUAUUCCAAACUAUCCGGAGAAGCCGCGCGAGUGAAACAAGAGGGUUCCUCGCUUCCUCUGAAGCGUAUACUGUGGCCUGCCGCUUAUUGCUUCCGACGGACUAAGUCAACCCAACUUGAAGCACCUGAGAAAACCGAAGAAAGUCCACCCUUUUUUGUUGAUCCGCUGGAUUUCGCGGAGGACUGGUACACUAAGGAGAUACCUAAGGCUGCUGAGACGGGUUUAGAGCUACCUUCUCAAGGUCAAGAACGACAAGUAAACAACCAGGACACAUUAUCACCCGGAUUUUCCAGCCUCCCAGAAGGGAUUGAAAGUCUAUCUCGAGCGUCACUAUAUCCUGAAAUGCAGACUGCGAGCCUUGUAUACCCCACACCACCAGAUGGGACUGCUGUCAUAGGAGUCAACCCUACAGUGUCGUCGGACGUAUUCGCCGAAGACUUGGAUCAUGGCCCAUCCCUGCUCCAAAACCAAACGAAACUAAAACAGAAUAUCCGAUCUACUUCAAAAAGCGGUGUGGAUCCGGACGUGACUAUGGAAUUUGGCCCAGCUGCAGGGCUUGGGGUCGGAUCCGGUCUUUACGAUACCAACGAGGAUGAUGACCUAUUUGGAGACAUGAACGAAAGGGACUUUGGUACGAAGGGAAUCACGGAUGCGGAUUUCAGUUUCUUUGAUGACGAUGGCUUCGACCACCCGGGGAAAGCUUCUAAUAUAGACCAUAGCCAGGAAAGUCCUGAUUUCGUUGAUCUAAGCAGACCAAAUGCUGUGGUUGAACUUUCGGAACCCGUCGCACCCUCGCCUAACAGCGUCCCAAUUGACGCGAAGGAUGUCACUGAAGAAAGUCACGAGCAAACACAAGACCCGCCGCACAAUCAGCCUAGUCCUGAAAGUAACGCAGUCGUGGCAUCCCCUCAUUUUGACCAAGUGCAAACUAUCAGCCCCCCUCUCAGUCCUGUGGAGGUCAAAAAGAUUCUUUUCCCAGACCCAAGCAGUAGCAACCAGCUUGUUGCUAAAGGUACUCAUGUUCCGAGUCAUUACAGUCCGGUUGCGUUCAAAAACAAUAUAUCUUCUUGGGAUAAAAAAUAUGGCGCGGACGGCAAGUUCUCUUUCAUGGGCACCGGUGCAACAUUCACUCAGGACCCCUACACAUCAUCAGAUGGCAUCCCUACCAUUGGCCUACCGCGCCGAAAAAGCAAUGUCAAGGCACUUACCCACCCAAAAGCGCCUGACGGCGAUGAGCUCUCGCCGAACGAGAUAGAGUCAUCAUCAAGUCCUGAUUCAAGCAGUGAGACAGAUGAGAGUGACAAUGGUGGCCUGGAGAACAAUGUACCGCCCGCGACUCUGGCAACGCUUAAACGAAAACGCGCCCGUUCUAGCCCAGGGAAUUCUCCGAUAACUUCUUCGGAUAAGGGCCUCAUUGGCCUUCAGGGAAUUAGUACUCAUAAAUCUGAGGAUUCGGUCUUUCUCGGCAACUUCCUCUCAACCUUUUCCGAUUGGUCAAUCGCUGGCUUUUUCUCAUUAUCCGAAAACCAAGUCCUCCCAUCACUUGCACCACAGGGGGCGCAGGUUCAAAUUGCUCAGCUUUUAGUUGACCAAAUCACCCAGUCAUCCUUGGAUCAUAAACUCGACGGGGACUUUGGCGUUUCCUGCCUAGACAAUCAGGCGUUCAGCCUCCGAGAGCUGCUGGGGGCGUCCGAGUACCUAGGAGGCUUUGACAAACUUGACUUGAAUGCCUUUGUGUCUCUGCAAGAACAAAAUUCUUUUUCGCCCGAUGCGUCAAGCGGUCUUACUCCUCGGCAAAAUUCUCAAAGAAAGGAGCCUGGUAAAGGGUCGAUCACAAGGCUGCCACUGCCACACUUGCGUGUGCGACGAGGCAAAAGCUUUUUGGAAACAUUACCCCCGGCGAUUUCAUUUUGGGAAACAUUCGACCUAGAGCCCGCUAAUGGACCUAAGGAUAUUACUGCAUAUUGUAUACAUCCACAUUUCAUGACAAGAGCAGCCGAUGCGUUUCUAGAGCGGCUGGGUUUUCUCUACACCAGCUGCAAUCUUGGCAGUCAUUCUAGGGGGGACUGUCCUAACGGUUUUAACAACGGCUUAGCUGAAUGGGCUGUCAGUCCGUCAAAGUCGACCAAUUAUUCAUCCAUGAUGCAGCAACUAAAGGGGAUAUGUGAAGACCUUGGAACUGCUCUUUUGGAGAGCCCGUCAUCCAAGGACAACAUUAUUAUAUAUAUCAUAAAUCCGUUUUCGCAUGCUGCAUCUCUUGUUGAUAUAUGCGCUGUAUUCUGGUGUCUAGUGCAAAACUACUUUGCUAGCGGAGACAAGCAGCAAUCGAAGCAACUGAACCAAGUUCUGUUACAGGUCAUUCCUAUGGAUUUUGUCACGUCGGCAGAGUCAUUAGUUGUACCACCUCAAACGGACUAUCUGAGCCUGGCAAUGGAGGUUUACAGUCGAUGUUCCACAAGUCAAAUCCAAUCGAGCCUUGUGAACUGCGCGCCGCCUGUCAUACUGGCGGAGACUCUUCCGCAGUCGAUUGGGUUCAAGCUCGCUUCUGAAUCUUCACCCCCAAUGCAAGAAGGGAAGUGUCUUCAUGUUGCUUGUUCGAAAAGUCAGGACCAACGAUGGAUGACUGUGGCAUGGUCGGACAACUCUGGAACACUUCAACGGACGAUGUCCUACUGCAUUCGUUUUCGGAAUUCUACAGCCUCCCGAACUCUCCUAUCUGUGCGUAGCGAAAUUUGGGCAGCAACAAAAGACAUAAUGGACAAAAGCCAAGCUCGCUGGAGGGUUAUUCUUGUGAAUACUGAGAACGUGGACCAGGACGAGCAUGAUACGUGGCUGAACCUCGCCGAGCAGUACAACAAGUCAAGGCCUGUGCCUGUGGAACUGACGAUACUGAGUGUCAAUACAGCCGCUGAUCUCUCCCUGAGUCCUCCACGCUCAACGAUGCCAAUGAGUGUCCUCAACCCACAGACAUCUUCAACGCCUAUUGCUACACCCCUUCCCAGUGGCUCCAUCCUUUCGCCUGAUCAGGUGGGAAAUGCACCGACUCCUCCGAGCGGUGCUAAUGCUCCAGCAAAUGCACCCACACCAACAGACGCACUUUUCGAAUCUGAGUCCGAGUCUCUACUUGCUGACAUUUGUGACGAAUCAUGGAGUGUGGUACUAUCGCAUCGUCUGAAUGGCACUUUGCACCUGACUGAAUAUCGCCCUGCAUUAGCUAGUGGAUAUCUUCUGCGCCGAAAGGGGCCCUCUGAUGCCGAUGGGGCAUUUAGUAUGAACAUCAAUCUUUUGUUUACACAGCGAUCUUCAUCUUCACCCGAAACCACCCUUCGUGAGAUUAUAGGGAUGUAUCGUGACCUGGCGACCCUUGCACGAGUACGAGGCACGAGGAUUGUUCAAACCGGCACAUUACCUUGGCAUAUUGCUACCGCAGUGCGCGCUCAAGAAGUACUGAGCUAUGUCCUGUGA